CAUGUCGCCCAUGAAGCUGUGUGUUCCAGGUGACAAGCUAUGCAGUGUAGAAGACUGUAUUCCCGGCACAGGAGUUUAUCUACGGCACGGCUACAUUUACUCCUCACUAGCAGGAUACGUGCUCAGGAAAAAUGAGGGAGAGGAGUUGCCAGUGAUCUCAGUGGUGAGGGAAACAGAAACACAAUUACUACCAGAUGUAGGAGCAAUAGUCACCUGUAAGGUGACCAGCAUCAACCCCAGGUUUGCCAAGGUCCACAUCCUUUAUGUAGGCUCCACACCGCUGAAGGACCGCUUCAGAGGGACAAUCAGGAAAGAAGACGUGCGUGCAACAGAGAAAGACAAGGUGGAGACAUACAAAAGCUUCAGACCUGGCGACAUCGUCUUGGCGAAAGUUAUUUCUCUAGGUGACGUGCAGUCUAACUACCUGUUGACAACAGCAGAGAACGAACUGGGGGUGGUGGUGGCACACAGUGAAGCAGGUGCCCAGAUGGUUCCCAUCUCCUGGUGCGAGAUGCAGUGCCCGCGGACACACGGCAAAGAGUUCCGCAAAGUUGCGCGAGUGCAGCCGGAGUAUCUACAGGCAUGAGACAACCUCUUUCUAACACAAGGAACACACAGCUUCCCCUCCUCCUUUCACUCCCUGUCGUCACGUAGCCUUGCGACUCUGUUUCAGAGGUUUUCUGAGAGACUGGACGACAUGCGUAUUGUUGGCUACUUUCUGGUUUUGUGUCUUUCUUAAGUGUUUUUUAAAUAGCGUUCCCUCUGCACAUAGUGUCAUCAUUUGAUUGUGCCAGCUUAAAAACACUGAAGCAGCGUAGGACCAAACUGACGGGAAAUAUUCUGAAUGAUGUAGCGAUUGUUGUGAAGACAUUUUUAAACUGAAGUCUGUGCAUGUGCCAGCAUCAGGGGGUUUUAAAGUUGUCUUUCAAUUGCUUGUUGGCAACCUGAUGAGAACUAACUCGGGAUGUUACAUUGCAACUGCCAAACUUCCUGAGUGACCACCAUGUUGAGAAGCUAAAAGCGUAAGAAUUUUGUGCCGAGUGAAGAACAGUCUUUUUUUUUUUUUUUUCUUACUCAGUUGAAAAAAAAGUAUUAUGGCUGAUCAUCAGGUCACUGGAAGGAUGAAGCAGUUGGUGCAUGUUGCCGGGUGCUUGGUUAAGACAAGGCCCGGGCUGCAUUUUGUAACCAGAGAGAUUAUUUAAAGGGCAGUGGCUGUUUUUACUUUAAAAUCAGGUGAGUUCAACCAAAGUUGCUGCACUUUGAAACUUCUUCUGUGUGAUGUCAUGUAUGCAACGGACUGCUUUUUUUUUUUUUGUUUUUUGGUUCAUUACAAGAACAAAAACAUAAAUUUCCUCAGGUCCAGUUUCAUACUCCUUUCCUCUCAGUUUCAGGUAAACUGAUGGACAAAUGUUGUCCACACAGCAGUUUUAAAGGAGAGUAGAUGUGAUUCUGAGAGCCUGAUGUUCAAUCAGAAUUACAACACAGCUACCAACGUGCGGAAUAUUGAAGAUCAGCGUAUGAUAGUCUGAUAUUUCUUUUUUGUUUUCCUGCUUAUUUUCAAAACUAAAUGAUCUUGAGCCUACAAACAAGCAUAAAUCUUUCUAUUUUAUCUUUGAAGUAAAGCUUACUUUGACUUUCCUAAUUCCUUCUACACUUUAAAGCAGAUGUCAUUCAUGUGCAAGAUCGAAAUAAAAUGACUAUUGAAGCCA